AUGCCCCCCAAGGAGCCCGGCUGCGCCUGGUGGAUUCUCCUGUCCCUCUGCAGCUUGUGCGGGGCUCAGCCCCCGGAGAGCCAGGGCUAUUUGAUAGCAGCACCUUCUGUUUUCCGAUCAGGCGUAGAGGAAGCUGUUAGUGUGACCAUCUUUAACUCAAUCAAGGAAACAACAGUCCAGAUUCAGCUAGUGGUCAAAGGAGAAACAGUGGCACGAGGCCAUGGAGCAGUUCUGGAUAAAGGGACAAUCAAGCUUAAGGUGCCUUCAGGGCUUCGUGGACAAGCACAUUUAAAAGUCUGGGGAAACCGGCACCUAACGGAGGAAGGCUACAUCUUUCAUAACUAUACCACAGUAACCAUAGAUAGCAAAGGGUCAUCAGUGUUCAUCCAGACUGACAAGCCUGUCUAUAAACCCAAGCAGAAAGUGCUGAUAAACCUGUUUAUGGUCACUUCUGACCUGCGACCAAUCAAUGAGAAGAUUGAAGCCUACAUAGUCGAUCCUCGGGGGUCUCGGAUGAUAGAAUGGAGCAAUCUGAAGCCAUUUUGUUGUGGUAUUGUAAAUAUGAGUUUCCCUUUGUCUGAUCAGCCAGUAUUUGGCGAGUGGUUUAUCUUUGCUGAAAUGCAAGGGCAUGCAUACAACAAAUCCUUUGAAGUUCAGAAAUAUGUGUUACCAAAAUUUGAGCUGUUGAUUGAUCCACCUCUCUAUAUCCGAGAUCUUGUGACUUGUGAAAAGGGAACUGUCCAUGCCAGAUACACGUUUGGGAAACCAGUGACAGGAAAGUUAACUGUCAACAUGACUAUAAAUGGAGUGGGGUACUACCGGCAUGAAGUGGGACACCCUGUCCUCAAAACCAUAGAGAUCGAUGGCUCUGCUGUUUUCGAUGUGUGUGUGAGAGACAUGAUGCCAGCUGAUGUCCCAGAGCAUUUCCGAGGCACGGUCAAUAUUUGGGCCACUGUGACCAGCUCUGAUGGGAGCAAGCAGGUCACGUUUGAUGACUCAACGCCUGUUCAGAAACAGCUGAUUGACAUCAAGUACACUAAGGAUACUAGGAAGCAGUUCAAACCUGGCCUACCCUACAAAGGGAAGGUAGAAGUCACUUACCCUGAUGGGAGCCCUGCUGACGGGGUCACAAUUCGAAUCAAAGCUGAGUUAACUCCAAAGGAUAACGUUUACACAAGUGAACUGGUAUCCAGAAGUGGCUUGGUGGAGUUUGAAAUCCCCUCUAUUCCUACAGCUGCCCAGUAUGUCUGGCUGGAGACCAAAGUGACAGCAAUUGAUGGGAAACCUGCAGGGGACCAAUAUCUGCCAAACUACUUGUCUAUCAGCAGCUGGUACUCACCUAGCAAGUGCCAUAUCCAGCUCCAAGCACCAGACAAGCCUUUCCAGGUGGGAGAGGAGGCCCAGAUCGCAGUGAAGUCCACGUGUCCAUGUAAUUUCACUCUACAUUACGAAGUUGCAUCGCGAGGUAAUAUUGUCCUUUCAGGGCUGCAGCCUGGUAACAUCACACAGCAAAGGAGCAAAAGAGCCACGUUCCCCUUUGAUAAGAACAUCCAUGUCACUCAUUUCCCAGGAACAGCACCUACCAACCCCCCUGCAACGGAGGUUGAAGUCUGCAUGACCUUCCUCCAUUUCAUGGUGGCUCACAGCAUGGCUCCUCUGGGCCGUCUCUUGGUGUAUUACGUCAGGGAGAAUGGAGAAGGGGUCACAGACAGUCUGCAAUUCACUGUCAAGUCCUCCUUUGAAAACCAGGUUUCAGUGGCACUUUCAGCAAAUGAGACAAGGCCUGGUGAUGUUGUGAACCUCAAGAUUAAAGCCGCGAAGGGAAGCUGUGUCUGCAUUGCCACGGUGGAUAAGAGCGUCUACCUUCUCAAGACAGGUUUUCAGCUGACGUCCACCCAGGUUUUCCAGGAGCUGGCAGAGUAUGAUGUUUCUGAUGCCUUUGGGGCUCCCAAGGAAGAAGGGCAUUUCUGGUGGCCAGGCAUGUCCUCACGCAGACGCCGCCGCUCCUCUGUCUUUCCCUGGCACUGGGAUAUCACCAAAGAUGCCCGCUUUGCAUUUACAGAAACUGGUUUGGUUGUGAUGACUGAUUUAGUCAGUCUAAACCACAGACAGAAUGGAGGCAUGUAUACAGAUGAGGCCGUGCCAGCCUUUCAGCCUCACACUGGGACACUGGUAGCUACCAUGCAUUCUAAGAUUGUACCCAGAGCAGAGAAGAAAAAAAGAACAUUCUUCCCUGAAACAUGGAUUUGGCACUGCCUCAAUGUCAGUGAUGUAUCAGGAGAAGCACAGCUGCAUGUGGAAGUGCCUGACUCAAUCACUACAUGGAUAACAGAGGCUGUGGGCCUGUCUGAGAAGAAAGGGCUGGGACUUGCCAAACAAACAGAACUGAAGACAUUUAAACCUUUCUUCAUCGAUUUCACCCUGCCCUAUCAUGUCAUCCGUGGAGAGCAGACCAAAAUCCCGCUGACUGUCUACAAUUACCUGGCUGUCUGCAUAGAGGUUCAUGUGAAGAUUUCAGUUCCAAAAGGCAUAAAGUUUGUUGGACAUCCUGGGAAACACCAUCUGACAAGAAAGAAGUGUGUGGCCCCUGGAAAGGCCAAACCCACCUCCAUAGUCCUGUCCUUCAGUGAGCUUGGACUAAGCAACAUCACAGCAAAAGCAUUUGCUUAUGGUGGAACAAACUGCUGCCAGGAUGGGAUGCAGAUCCUGAAGAACGGCAAGCACUCAGAGGACAAUUACUUGGACAAAAGGACCCCAGUUGGGAUAGACUAUGUCCGUAGUAGUGUUAUUAUUGAGCCAGAGGGAUUACCCAGAGAAUAUACCUACAGUGUGUUCUUCUGCCCUAAUGAGAAAAUUCACAUUUCUACACCUAACAAAUAUGAGUACCAGUAUAUGCAGAAGCCUGCCCGGAUGACUCAUUUCGACAUUGCAGUGAAAGCGCACAAUGAUGCUCAUUUUGCCUUGUCCUCUGGCCCACAUGACAUGGCAGAGAUGACUGAGAUUGUCAUUGGUGGGCAUCAAAAUGCUAAAACGUGGAUUUCUACUAGUAAAAUGGGUGAGCCAGUUGUCAGCACAGACACAGCUGGCAUCCUCUCUUGGGAUGAAUUCAGGAGCUUCUGGAUCAGCUGGAAAAAUGGAAUUAUUCAGGUUGGCCAUGGUACUCAGAUGCUAAAUGAAUCCAUUAUUGUGGAGUGGGCCAUCCCCAAACAGCCCGAGGUGAAGUACAUUGGCUUCUCCACAGGCUGGGGCUCAAUGGGAGAGUUUAAAAUCUGGAGAAAAGAAGAGACUGAUGAAAAUCACAAUGAAGCGUUUACUCUUGGAGUUCCCCACAAUGUGAUCCCUGGAUCAGAAAGAGCUACUGCCUCAAUAAUAGGCGAUGUAAUGGGCCCUACGCUUAACAACUUGGACAAUCUUCUACGAUUACCAUUUGGAUGUGGAGAGCAGAACAUGAUCCAUUUUGCUCCCAAUGUCUUUGUCCUAAAAUAUCUGCAGAAAACCAAACAACUCAGCUCUGAGGUGGAGAGCGAAGCCACUGAUUACCUGGUGCAAGGUUACCAACGCCAGUUGACCUACAAGAGACAAGAUGGUUCAUACAGUGCUUUUGGCGAGAGGGACUCCUCAGGGAGUAUGUGGCUAACAGCCUUUGUUCUCAAGUCCUUUGCGCAGUCUCGUGGGUUUAUUUUCAUCGAUCCCAAGGAAUUAAGAGCUGCAAAGGAUUGGAUCAUUCAGCACCAGAAGGAAGAUGGCUCGUUCCCUGCUAUGGGUAGAAUAUUAAAUAAGGACAUCCAGGGUGGAAUCCAUGGCAAGAUCUCACUGACAGCAUAUGUGGUUGCAGCUCUGUUGGAGACGGGCAUCACCUUUGAGGAAGAAAAAGCAGCAGUUGCCAAAGCAAAACACUUCUUGGAGUCCAGCUUGUAUUCUGCAGAAGACCCCUACACCACAGCCCUGACUGCAUAUGCCCUGACUCUUCUGCACAGUCCCUCUGCUGCAGUGAUGUUGCGGAAAAUGAACAGCAUGGCCAUUAUGCAAGAUGGCUUUACACACUGGAGCUUAAUGGGGACUCUGGUUACUGAUGAAGAUACAUUCAUGGGAUUUAACGAUGGGCUUUCUCAAUCAGUUGUAUCUGCAGAAGUGGAAAUGACAGCCUAUGCACUGCUGACAUACACGCUCCUGGGAGAUGUGGCCUCUGCACUUCCAGUGGUUAAAUGGCUGUCGCAGCAGAGAAAUGCACUUGGAGGAUUCUCAUCCACUCAGGAUACAUGUGUAGCUCUGCAGGCUCUGGCUGAAUAUGCCAUUCUUUCUUAUGUUGGAGGAGUCAACCUUACCAUUUCCCUGGCUUCCACUAAUUUAGACUAUCAAGAGACUUUUGAGCUUAACAAGAUGAAUAAGAAGGUUCUCCAGACUGCAGUGAUCCCCAGCAUUCCCACUGGGCUGUUCGUAAGUGCCAAGGGCGAAGGCUGCUGUCUGAUGCAGAUUGAUGUCACUUACAAUGUGCCUGACCCUGUUGCUAAACCAGCUUUCCAGCUUCUGGUUAACCUGAAAGAGCCCAAAUCAGAGUGUCAUCGGCAAACUCAGCACCCCCUACGGCCCCUCUCUCCAGAUGAGAAUCGCUCAGAAGCCUCCCACAGAGAACGGACACUGGUGGAUGAUGAUGACCCAGCUUCUGAUCAGGAUCACCAGGAAUACAAAGUGAUCCUGGAGACGUGCACUAGGUGGCUGCAUUCGGGAUCGUCAAACAUGGCUGUCUUGGAGGUGCCCUUGUUCUCAGGUUUCCGAGCAGAUAUUGAGAGCCUGGAGCAGUUAUUAAUGAACAAGCAAAUUGGAUUAAAAAGAUAUGAAGUUGAUGGAAGAAAAAUCCUUUUUUAUUUUGAUGAGAUUCCUAGCCAGUGCAUGACCUGUGUAAAAUUUCAAGCCUUCAGAGAGUAUAUAGUUGGGAAAACUGCCCCUGUCCCCAUCAAAGUGUAUGAUUACUAUGAGCCAGCUUUCGAAGCGACUCGUUUCUACAAUGUGAGUGAAAACAGCCCCCUGGCUCGGGAGCUCUGUGAUGGGCCAACGUGCAAUGAGGUGGAAAGCUCAGCCAAUCAUUGGGUUGGUUUUGUUCACUCUGGGCCAUGCAACAAUGUUUUUGGCUGUUUAGAAGAUGAGUAUUUUGAGCAGUGCAUGUGCUCCCGGGACUGUGGCUAUGAUGGGGAGCCAGUGUGUGGAUCAGAUGGGAUGAUUUAUCAGAACCAUUGCCAGAUGGAGGUAGCAUCCUGCAGGAAUAAUACAAGGAUAGAGCAGAUACCUAUGUCUCAAUGUUCUGCCUCCAAGAAUUUGCCAGAAGAAAGAGAAACACAUUUCCAUGGAAUUGAGCAGCCUAGCAUUCAACAAACUCCUGCAGAGGAAGGCCCUGCGCUCCAGUCAGACCUGUCCUACUACUCUUAUGAGUACGACCCUUAUGCUUCUGAAGCUGACAUCUUUGAGGUUGCAGCAGAGCUGGCAGCAGAGCUGACAACAGCAAGCAGCACGUUGAGAGACGUGGACAAGAUUCAGGAAGUGGUGACUACAGUAGAAUGGGCUGAACAUGACGGUCUAAGGCUGAGAGAAGGUUCUGCUGAAGUUUGCCCAGCUACUUCACAGCAGGACAACCAUGCUAAUGCUAAGGUGAGCUCUGGGGUUGUGGGGAGGGAGUUUAGUAUAAUGAGUUCCAAUCAGAAAAAUUUAAGGUCUCUGGCUGUCAUGUGA